UGCACAUGCACCCUAAUAAGAUAGGUCCGUCCAAGAGUUCAUAUGUCUAAGUGAAAAUCCUCAACAAGUUUAAGCAGCCGUACAUGUAUUCAACAUAUUAUCUUCUAGGUCACUUGAUCGACUAAAUAAUUUAUAUAUCGUUAUUGAAUAAAAGUUUCUUUCUUAAUUUCCCACCGGUGUCCACAUUGGAACUCCAACUAAAUCUGGAUCCCGCACUGUAGAGCCCAUUUGGGGGUGGCGACUCCCAACAUUAUUAUUGAAUAAACGUUACAUCUCUUUUGUUUUGCAGAUAUAAAAUCUAUUCUAGACAAAGGCAAAAAGAAUGGCAACAAGAGCAAGAGAGACAGCUCCUGCAGGGAAGGAGAAGAGAGGAACAUCACCAAUACAUCACCAAAGAAGUAUAACAAACACAUCAAAAACAACAUCACCUGUUAGAAAACAAGUUGAUCCAACAUCAACAACUAGUUCUUUAAACAAGAAUGUUCCUAGCUACCUCAAAUCAACAAUUACUCAAGCUAAGAAGUCUGCAUCUUCAAGUGACCUGCACAACACUCACAGUACCAAAACUUCUAAUCUAGCUCGAAGAAGAUCAUUCGAUAACAAGCCUCCCCUGCAUUCUUCCUCACCAAAAACCAGAAUUUCCCCUAGUCCUAAGGAGAGAAUUCCUCGCUCAUCGUCUUCUUUAUCAACCAAGACUUCCACUUCUCAGAAACCCCUUUUGGAUAGAUUAUCAAAAACUACUACUAGUAAGGAUGCCAUUGGCAAACAACGCGGUGCUGGCCUGAAUUCUAGGCCAGUGACCAAAAAGAAGACGACCACAACCACAACCACAACCAUGAAGCAUGAUAGUGCUAGUGGUUCAACUACAAAAGCAUCAGUAACAGCAAAUUCUCCAGAUAUAGCUCAGAAUGUCAUUUCUCAUGAGGGUGAACAGUCAGAGCCAGAGGAUCAUCAAGAACUAACAACUCACGAAACUGAAAAGGAAACGACCAUAAGUGACAAUGAAAUGAUUGCUGAUUCUGAUGGAGGGGAGCAUGAGAAUGAGAAUGAAAAUGAAAAUGAUUCAGCCACAGAGGAUCAUAUUGAAGAGCUUAGUAAUGAAAAUGUAAACAGUGCUGAAUUGGAGGACAUCAACGCUCCAGAUGAAUCAGCCACCCUAGUGGAAAAUCCAGAAAUCAAAAUUGAAGAAACAGAAGAAAUCAACAAUGAGCCUAGCGAACCUGAUUCAUCAGAGAAGGAAAAAGAAGAAACCAUUAUAAAUGCAACAGAGGAGAAUCAAGAAUCGAAAGAGGAGGACGAAGAAACAAACCAAGAGAAAGAAACUCCCAUGGUAGAAGAAACUGAAAAUCUCAGUCCCAAUCAAGUUGAAGUCGGUGUAGAAGAAAGUACAGAAGCAGAACCAGUGAAAAAUACGAAUGUUGCAUCAUCAAAAUCUCUGCAUCACGUGGUGCAAGGUAAGUAUAUUGAAUCUGUGGUUUCAAAUAAUGUAAUUGAAGAGACUGCAAGCAAACUUAGGGAGCAAAGGAAGAACAAAGUGAGAGCACUGGCUGGUGCUUUUGAAACUGUCAUCUCCCGGCAAGACCACAAAUGAGUUCUCAUCUAUUGUUUUAGUUUGUGAAUCGUCUCUUGUUGUAUGCUUAUUAUAGUUUUCCAAAAGCAAUACUGUACUGCAUUGAAGUCUUUAAGUGGGAGUUGUAAUUUUAUUUUUCAUACAUGAUGUGAAAUAGUGAGCAAUAAUUAUUUUCUAUGCUAGUUUUCUAAGUUUAACACCAUCUAUAUACAUGAUUAUGACAAAAUAGGGCAGCAAGAGACAAAUUUGUUAUGCAAUAUCUUGGAAGGCAGAGAAAACCUUGCCUACUAACACAUCAUUGACUGAUACAUGUAUUUCUUCAUUAGCAAUUUAUGGCAUGAGCUCUUUUAUUUACAACAGACACAAUAUAACAUGAGUAACCGCAGCAGCCCCGCAGAUUUUUAUUAUUUAAUAGACACUUUAGAAACUAUAGGUAACAUGCUCAUAAUAAGUGGAACUAAUAACUUGAAAAAUCAGAAACAUAUGUUGAAAUCCAUUUA